CCUGUCUUCUGCCCUCGGUGCUCGGCCUCUGCGUCCGGCUGGGCCUUCCAGCGAGCAGCUCAGCUUGGCCAGGGCCGCAGGUUGUGGGUGGGGAGUGGAGCUCGUCUCUCCUGAGAUAAUUCCGAAAAGUGAGAGCGGAGCUGGCCUUUUCCUGAGGAGCAAGAGCCCCAGGACUCCAGGGGACCCCCUGCCAGGACCCCCUCCGGUCAUUUUCGCAGGGACCGCCCCACGGGAACUGUCAGCCCCCAGUAACCCCUCUGACAGCCAGCAGCCCCCGGCCGGCGCCCCGGAAAAGCUAGCUCGCGCCUCCAACUCCGUGACCCUGGGGGGCCCGUCUCCGGGGCAAAGUGUUGAAGAGCGCUGUGUCUUCCAUUGGACUCAGGACACCUAGACACCGAAAACAGUGUUUCGGGUCAUUAAUCCGUUGGAAUCUUCUGGGUGAAGCCCAGCCCCCGGGAGAGCAGGGACGCCAUGUCCGCUGGAGCGGAAGCCACCGUCAGCGCCGGGGACGCGGCCCCAGCACCAGCCUCCAGCAAAGGCGUGUGCUCGGUCCGGCACGGGCUCGCCCUCCUCCUGCACCUCUGUAACUUUGCGAUUUCCACCCAACAAAUGAACCUGAGCAUCGCCCUCCCGGCGAUGGUGAACGGCACGGCCCCGGCCGGCGCGCCCAACGCCUCUUCCGCUGUCGCCCUGGACGACGGGAACGGCACUCUGAUGGAACCGAAGGCGCCCGUGUAUGCCUGGAGCCCUGAGAUCCAGGGCGUCCUCCUCAGCUCCCUCAGCUACGGCUCCUUCGUGGCCUCGGUCCCCAGUGGCUAUGUGGCCGGGCGAGUCCGACCCAGGCUCCUGAUCGGUGCCUCCCUGCUGGCCUUCUCCGCCCUGAGCCUCCUCAUCCCGCUGGCGGCAGGGGCCGGCGUGGCCCUGCUCAUCCUGCUCCGGAUCGUCCAGGGCGUGGCCCAGGCGAUGGUACAGACAAGCCAGUAUUUAAUUUGGGUGAAAUGGGCUCCCCCCCUGGAAAUGAACCAGCUCAUCGCCAUCUCCAUCUCAGGGCUCAUGCUGGGCUCCCUGACGGUCCUCCUCGUCGGUGGCUUCCUCUGCGAGACCCUGGGGUGGCCGUACGUCUUCUACAUCUUCGGUGGGAUCGGCCUCGCCUGUUCCUGCCUCUGGUUCCCGCUCGCCCACGACGACCCCGCGGCCCACCCGCUCAUCAGCGCCGCGGAGCGGGACUACAUCGCCCGCUCGCUGGCUCAGCAGGACUGCGAGCCAGACCAGUCCCUCCCCAUCACGGCCAUGGUCAGGUCCCUGCCCCUCUGGAGCGUCCUGCUGUCCCAGUUCACCGAGCACUGGUUUUUCCACGUCCUGAUGGCGUACCUGCCCACCUACCUCCACUCCGUCCUCCGCGUGGACCUCCAGGCUAGCGGCUUCCUGUCUGCUCUGCUGCUCGGCGUGGCCUUUAUCAGCAUCAUCCUGGGGGGCCUGCUGGCAGAUUGCCUCCUCUCCAGGAACGUGCUCUCGCUCCUUGUGGUCAGGCGGCUCUUCACCUCCGUAGGGGUGCUCUUCCCCAGCCUGUUCUCCGUGCUCCUGCCCUGGGUCAGUUUCAGCCUGGGCAUCAGCAUGGCCUUCUUGGCCCUGAGUCUGGCCACCAGCAGCCUCUGCCAAUCUGGGGCCCUCGUCAACUUCAUGGACAUUGCUCCCAGGUACACUGGCUUUAUCAAGGGCUUAUCCUUGGUCUUUGUUCAGCUCUCAGGAGUCAUCGCUCCCACAGUUUCUGGAUUUUUCCUCAGUCAGGACGCGGAGCUGGGAUGGAGGAACAUCUUCCUGCUGUCCGCGGCCGUGGACGUCUCGGGCCUGGUCUUCUUCCUGGUCUUCAGCCGAGCGGAGGUGCAGGACUGGGCCAGGGCGCAGACCCUCACCCGCCUGUGAGCCCGCAACCCCGAGACCCUGUGACCCCGAGACCCCGCGACCCCGCGACCCCGCUGCCGCUUCUGAGCGGGUGUCUGCCCUCCCGGGCGUUGUCCUUUUGUGCUUUCGUUGAACUGACUCUGCUUCCGGUCUCUUCUCAGACCCUGAAGCCUCUGCCUGGAGGUCUUAUUGGGGUUCGGGGAGCUGGAGGCGUCAGUGAUCAAAGGGUGAGCUCCUGCAAGCAUAGGUGU